CCAAACAAAUAUGGCACCGCCCGCUCCCAGCAAUCCUGUUCCCAUUCCCGCUCUUUUUGUCCUCAUUCCGCUGUUCUUCUGGGCGUUUUGCGGCGCCAGUUCGGGCGUUUGGUGGCCGCUGGUGUCGGUGACGGUCGCGGGCCUCGCCGCCGCGCUGUGCCGGCUGUUGAGGCGGCGGGACGCUGACGCCGAGCGGCGGGUGUGCGUGUUGGUUCUCGGGGACAUCGGCCGCAGUCCCCGCAUGCAGUAUCACUCGCUGUCGCUCAGUAAACAUGGAUAUGAAGUUACUUUUGUGGGCUAUUUAGACAGCAAACCUCACCGAGACGUGUUGAGGGAGGACAGGAUUCACGUCUUCCCGAUUGCGGAAGUUAAAGGCCUCGGAGGUGGACCGAAGAUUUUGACGUACGUGACUAAAGUGACCGUUCAGUUUGCGCAGGUUCUUGCUGUGCUUCUGAUGCUCAAGCCACAUGGUCACAUACUCAUGCAGAAUCCUCCAGGUUUGCCGGGCAUGGCAUCGGCGUGGCUGGCGUGCGUCCUGCGCGGCGGCCGCUUGGUCAUCGACUGGCACAACUACGGUUACACCAUCAUGGCGCUCCACCACGGCGACUCGCACCCGCUGGUGCGCCUGGCAAAGUGGUACGAGCAUGUCUUCGGUCCUCUGGCAUCUCAGCACUUGUGUGUGACCAACGCCAUGAAGGAAGACCUGCGCAGGAACUGGGGCAUCAAAGCGACCACUCUCUAUGACAGACCGGCGGCCAUAUUCGGAGAGACGCCGCCGGAGACGCGGCACGAACUUUUUGUGGAACUUGCGCGCACGCUUCCUGCUUUUCGACAUAGCAGCAGUGAUGAAGACAACGUUAUGGAGAAGACCGUCUUCUCCGAGCGAGACAUGGACAAGAACACCGUGACCUUGAGGCCUGAUCGGCCCGCCCUGCUGAUCAGCAGCACCAGCUGGACUGAGGAUGAGGACUUCUCCAUCCUGCUGCAGGCUCUUCAAGAAUACCAAGAGUUCAUCUUAACGGGAGAAACCCUGCCGCCACUUAUCUGCGUCAUCACAGGGAAAGGUCCUCAGAAGGAACACUACAAGAAGAUAAUUGACCGUCUGCAUUUGGAGCAUGUGAAGAUCUGUACACCCUGGCUGGCGGCAGAAGACUAUCCUGUCUUGUUAGGUUGUGCUGACCUCGGCGUGUGCCUGCACAAGUCUUCCAGCGGUCUGGACCUGCCAAUGAAGGUGGUGGACAUGUUUGGAUGCUGCCUGCCCGUCUGCGCCGUCCACUUCCUGUGCCUAAAAGAGCUGGUGAAGCACGAGCACAACGGUCUGAUCUUCUCAGACGGCCCGCAGUUGGCCCGGCAGCUCAAGACUCUCCUGUCAGACUUCCCCAGCAACGACAGCAAGCUGCGCGCAUUCAGGAAGAACCUCCACGCCAGCCGGGGGAAGCGCUGGGACGACAACUGGGACCAACAGGUCCUCCCACUCUUAUCCUCAUCCUCCUCUUCUUUUUCAUGAUGCACAGGGAGUCGAACCACACUUACAGCAACGGUGAAUUGUUACUGAACAUUCCCUUAAAGCAGACACUUUUGUAAAUAAUAAAAAACUUUAUUGACCCGCAAGCAACUGGACGAGCUCUAUUUCAGAUUCUCUGCUGUACUCAAAGACGCGCUUGACAGCGCCACUCAUCACCCGGUGGCCAAUUCCAGCAUCACCUGUCAAGCGAACUUUGUUAGACACGAUCGGCCAAUCGGUGUGAGAGGUUGCGUCUUCGCCUUACUCAGAUUGUGCUUGAAGCCAGCGUACGUCCGCGGGUUCCUCACAGUGGAGCAGAUGAAAACCUCGGCGGGAACCCGACAACCACGCUGCCUCAGGAUCUUGGACAGAAGCUGGACCAGAACCGCAACCACGUCGGGGUCGUACACCACAUCUGCAACACGCACAGAGGAAUCAAUACACUUGGCACAGAAGUAUAAAUAUUCCAGGACAUGUACAGUGCUGUGAAAAAGUAUUGGCCCCCCCUCUCAAAUUCUUCGAUUUUUGCAUCGUUUCCCCACUUUAAUGUUUAAGAUCAUCAAACAAAUGUAAACAUCAGACAAAUAGAACCCACGUGAACUGAAAAUGCUGUUUUUCAAUUGGUCAUUUCAUUUAGUAAGGAAAAAGAAAACUUUAAAUUUACCUGGCUCUGUGUGAAAAAGUAAUGGCCCUCUAAAGCUAAUAAGUGGUUGGGCCAUCCCCAGCAGCAACAAGUGAAAUAAAGCGUUUUCUAUAACUGGCAAUGAGUUUUUUACAUCUCUGUGGAGCUAUUUUGGUCCACUCUUCCUUGCAAAAUUGUUUGAAUUCAACAAAAAAUUGAGGGUUUUGGAGCAUGAACGGC